AUGGAUUUGGCGAGCGCGUACGCGGCCAUCAGCACUCUGUCCAUACUCACGGUGGAUGAUGGCAUGGAACUAUGUGUGGACUUCUACCGGUUCAAGGUGGAAGGUCCCACUGCCAAAGCAUCAAGGCACAUCCAUUGUCCAGACAAUUCAACAGUCCAGGGGGAUUUUGCGUAAUUUGUCUUGGUCAAUCUUUGUUUUGGUGCCUUUUUGAAGUUGCCUUUCUUUGUCUUUGCUUUUGUCUAUGUAGAUUCUUGCUAGUUUUCUAUUGCAUAAUUUUGUGUAUGCAAAUUUUCUAAUUUUAAAUUGUUUUUCAGUGAGUACAAGUUUUACUCGGGUUUGACUUUUACAAAGCAUUUCAUCGUGCCGCAAAAUACAGAAGUUGGCACUGUUCUUCACGCUGGUGAGCACUUGGUUGGGUAAGUUUUAUAUUUCUGAUUUUUUUGUCAAUUUGCAAAAAUUUUUGCAUGAAUUGAGAACUAAGUCAGUAUAAUUAUGUUACUUUGUAGGCCGGACCCAUAUGUAGCAUUCUCUAUGGUAUCAGCCGGACAUGACCCAAAGUAUUUGAUCAGUGUUAAAAACCAGCCUGGCGGACUGCAGAGCUGUCCUUCUAACGGUCAUGUGUUUUACCAAGAAUGCGGUACUAGUGAAGCUUAUUAUACGCCGACGCCUAUUCCCGCUGGUGGAAAAUUUAAUUCAUUGAAUCUGAAUCAACUGGGCGUUUGCAAACUGACCUUUGGUCACACUCCAGAUGGUCGGAUUUGGGAAAGCCAGGGCCAGUGUCGGAAAUUGGUCGUCGAGGGAGAAUCUGCCAUUUUGAAACCAGAGGCAUGUCCGAAGGUAGAAAAGCUUGUGUUUACCAUGGUGAGUCUUAUUUUUAAGGUUUUUUUUAAUUUUGAUUUGUAAAAGAGUUUAAGCAAUUUUUUGCAAUUUUUUUUGGGUAGUUUAAAAUGGUCUUUAGGCUGUUGUUAUGUGGCUUGAGUACUAAUUUCAAUGGAAUUUUGAAUUUUAGUCUGCUCCUUCAGGCUGUUUUAGGGUUAGAUGGUUUAUAUAAUUUUGAAUUUUAGGCCGCUUUGAAGAACCGUGCUCCAUCGGCGAAAGGUGAACUGCCUGACGCUGAAGUCGACACCACCUUGGCAGUGCUUUACCUGAAGUAAGUUUUCUACAAUGUAAUAUACUUUACUUUUUGUUUUUCGAAGAUUUUCUAGAUUUUAUAAAAAUUUUUUUGUUAUUACCGGGUUUUUUGCAUUUAUUGCAGUCAAAAUAAGGUUUGGCUUCUUUUUUAUAUUUGUUUGUAAAAUUGUUAAAAUUAGAAAAGUUAAAAAAUUUGUUAUAGGCCUAAGCCACUUACCACCACCACCACGCCCGAGCCUACCACUGAAGUCGCCGAAACGGCCGUUCCUAAUUCAACCACUGAAGGAUCAGAGUAAGUUUUUAUGGCAUUCUUUGGUCUAUGUUUUGAAAAGUUCACGCUAAGAUGGAGUAGUUUUUUUUUAAAUUUUUUAAUGAAAAUCUAGCAUUUGAAUGCAAACUUUUUGUAAUGGAUUAAAAUUUUAAGUUUAGUUUUACUCUGACAUUUUUGUUUCAGCGCCUCCACCGUACCUGUAGAUCCUUGGAUGAUUGGUCUCAUUUGCGUUGUUGUUGGAAUCUCCAUCGGAAUCGUGGUUGCACUUGUAGUGUUUUACAAGAUGAAGGGCAAGAGAACUCGCAGAAAGAGCAAGAAAAGAAAGAAGAAAACGUCAAACACAUCGUCGGACACAUCGUCAAACAUCAAGUCCAACAUAUCAUCGAACACACCAUCGAACACACCAUCGAACGUACCACCGAGCCCAACGCCGAAGGAAAAGGCCAUCAUAAAAACGGGGAAUCCAGAAAUGGCUAACGCAGAUGGAAAGGUUGUCCCUGAAGAUGGAAAGCUUAUCAUUGUCGAGUUUGAUAAUUCAGCUAAACACCCGUCCGAUAAAUCCGCACGGGUCUAA